GAACGCGAUAAUGCAACAGCACACGAUUUUCUGUCCGCAAUUACAAGCGUGAUCACGCGAGAAAAAAAGAUUGUUAUAUUCCUAGAAAUAUUAAUCUUUCCGAUCUAAGGCACAUGCAGUAAGUAAUUUAACAUUUCGUUCAAAUAAUCAAGUGCCAAAACUUACAUAUGUGCAUAGAGGGAAUCUUGCACACGGAAUUUACAGUGUAUAAUGACAGACGAGCGGAAUUUUCGGUCGUCGUACUACGAGAAGGUCGGCUUUCGUAGCGUCGAAGAGAAAAAGUCUUUGGAAAUAUUGUUGAAAGAACGACCAUUCGACAAGGCAAAGCUGAAGCAGUUUUGUUUAAGAUUUACUGUGCCAGCUAUGUACAGGAACUUCUUGUGGAAAGUGUUACUGGACGUUACACCGGUUUAUAUGGAAAGCCACGAGUUUAUAAUGGCCCAGCGUAGGAAAGAAUUUCAAGAUUUGCAAAGAGCAUUAAAGGUUGCAAAAAUCAUAGACGAUUAUACCAAACCCCACUUAGUAUUCCUGGCAAUGUGGCUGUUACGCAAAAGAAGAGCAAAAGUUGAUGUGACUAUCCAGUUGGAAUCAUCUUUACACAGAGCUAUGAGCAAAAUAGCUGAGACACUGUGGAAUGUGAUUGAUGUGGAGUCAGAGCAAGAGAAAUUAGUGGAUAUGUAUUGGAUAUUAUCUGGAUUCUUUGUCCAAGUGGAAAAGGUGCAAAAAGAAGUCGGGAAGUUACAGGAAUGUACAUACGCAUUACUGGAGAGAGAGGAUGCGGAACUGUACAAGCACUUUGUUAACAUUAACGCGCUUCAUAAUCUUCCAUACGAUACAUGGUUCUGUUCCUGUUUUGCUGGUGUAAUCUGUGACGGAUCUAUUGCUAAGAUAUGGGAUAAGAUAAUAGUGUCGAAUUUUAGCGCGUAUCGAAUUUUAGUAUUCGUCGCCGUGGUUACAUUAACCACUUUAAGACGACUGCUCUUGAGAUGUGAAAGCACAGACAAUGUAUUGGAUACCGUUAAUAACAUAACAGAAGAAACGUCAGAAGUGAUAGUUAACAAAGCGAUCGAAUCAAUGCAACAAAGCGGAACUACUCAACAAGUUGACAUGUAUUUCACUAAACACAGUUAAUGUUCCUGAUAAAAAUCAAAUCCAUCACUCUAGUUAAUCACAUGUGUAUGUUAAUUGAUAUACGUAUAAAACUGAUUUAUCUUAAAAAUAAUCACUUUUUAUUAAUGCAUUCAUCGUACAUUAUACAUAUACAAUUACUCAACUCCCACAACAGAGUCAAGGCUUAUUUCUAAGUUUUAUUUAUUCGUAUUCUUAAUGUUUAUUCUUAAUCUUCUUUUUUUUCUGAUUUUUGUAUAAUACAAUCAUGUAUAUUUAUAUUCCACUGUAUAAGAGCGACUUUGUAAUUCUAAGGAAAUACCAACUGAAACUAUAAAACUCUGCAGUUGCAUUGUUUACGCCUGUUCACGAUUUCUAUUUCGGUAAUUACUGAUAUAUACCUAAGAUUCUAGAAAAAACGCAUAAAUUUUGAUAUAUUUCACAAAGAUCACACAGAAGCCACGUACUUUUUUACCGUAUCGACUGAAAUCUUCACGACUCUACUUCAAAAUUUGUUUCCUAACAGAUUAUUUCUAAACAGAUGUACAAAGGAGGAAUUAAAAUUAUAUAUGUAUAUGUAUAUAAACAUGUAUAAAAUACAUAUUUAUCACACUUGUGUUCACACAAAAAUCGUAUGAAUAUUAUUCGGUAAAUAUCCAUCAAAUAACCGUUGUUUUUGAGCUGUUCAGGGAGGUAACAAAAGUGUAUAGAAAAAAAAAAAAAAAAAA